CGUGACAUUAUUUCACACAAGUUGAACCUGACAGGAUACACGGAUACAGCUAGCUGGACUGAGCUGCCAUACUAUUUAGGGUAAAGAAAUAAAACAUAACAAAUAGGGAAAUAUUCUUCGAGACUCUGCCUGUGGUUCUUGUUGCCAGCGGAGGCUUUAGCUCCACGGCUAGUGCAGUCAGCCACCGAGCCUAGGCAGGGCUGAGCUGCUAGCCGAGGUGCUGUGGUGUUAUCACCAAGCCUCACCUAACUAAACUUCAUCAUUUGUCUGUUUCGUCGUUUCUGCAUGCAACAUGUGCGACCUCGCCACCGCCAGUGGCACCAUUUAUGUCCGUGAGAGAGGCCAGCUUCGUCGUGUCAAUGACAUAGUGCUGGCAGACACGAACCCGGUGUCUUCAUGCAGGAGGACGAGACCUCUGGCGUUGAGAAAAGAGCACUUUGUAUUCACCUACAAUGCAGAGGGGAGCCUGAGAUACUCUGCAAAAUCCCUCUUUGACAUUUCUCUGCUCUUCAUAGCUGACAACAUCCACCAUGUGGAUUCACUGGUAGGCUUCCCUGAACAGAUAGGAGAUAGACUUUUUGCAGCAGCAGAGGAGAAACAUGUCUUUUUAAACCCAGAUAUUUCCCAAAGAGCUCUGCAGUUAUUCAGUGAUGCAUAUGGGCAGAUGGUGCUUGGAUCCCUUUGUCUACGAAAUAGGUUUGCUCUCUUGUGUGAGAGGAUGAACGAGAUCAAAACAUUUCACAGUUUGAAGUCCCUGGAUCUGUUUGGCUGCAGACUGGGAGAUAGUCAUGAGAUUUUCCAGCACUUAACAUCUGACUCUUUGGCAAGAAGCCUGACUCAGCUUUUCAUUGGAGCUAACAGUCUGUCAGAUGUGGGCCUUCAGAGAUUGACUGCACCUGUCAGGAUGCUGAGGAAGGGACUGAGCAGCCUUCAAAUCUUGGAUCUCUCCUACAACCCUAUCUCAGAAAAGGCCUUCGGAUAUCUCGCAUGCCUCCCCGAACUUCAAAAACUCGAUGUAUCCGGGACCAAUUUGAGGCUUGGCACAGUGCUGAAGGCGAGCAUAUGGGACCUGUUGGGGCUUGUUCAUUCUGAGAAACCGCUGGAUGCCUUUGAUCAUUCAGGAUGUAAAACAGAAGGCUGGGCAGAACAGGUUAUAAACCAGUGGGAAACAAAUAGCUCGCAAAUGCCAAAACAGAAAAAGAUUGAGGAAUCGAGAACAUCUGCACUCCGCUUUUUCGGCAGACAAAAGUUUGUCAGAGAUGUACUAGAUGCAUCACCCUUGGUGUCGGAGAAAGAGAAUGAGGCGGAGAGAGAGAAGAUGCAUUUCUUCAAGCCGGCAGCUAACAGCACCCCUGAGAUUCAGCUCCCCUCCGCAACCAGUGAUCACUCAAAGCCGGCCUGCUACAAUGCCAAAAAAAGACUGCGUCAAUCAGACGAAUGUGACAGCCAGCAUCGCACCCCUCCUGCAAAGCGCUUCUCUGCAUCAGGCCUCACAGUAGAGGACAUGGACCUGUUGAACAGCUAUUAAGGCAUGCAUCCAUGUAGCAUUCCACUCCGACAGAGGACCAGCCUGACUCGCUGUGCUGGUUAACACUGAACAGCAAAUAUUAAAGGGCCCUGGAGCGUUUCCAAGACGAUGUACAUGCUUUUUUUGGCAUUGCAUUAGUGUUUUGGUACCUUUUUUUAACAAAUAAACUUGUCCUUACAUAACCUAA